UAUGAAUAACAAAUGCAAGCGUCUUUUGGACACAAAAAGACGUUCAGAAAGGUCGUACGUAGGUAGAUACGCACCAUCGCUUUUGACGAUCAGUGGCGGAACAUGGCAACCUUGCGCCUGGGCUCUUGGUUCUUGGUGUCACCGCCACGGCAACACCGACCGAACGGCCCCCUCACCUGGAAUUAGCUGGCUCUUGCUGGCUAUUGGCACAGUGGACUGCAAGAAGUAAGACGCAGGCUGGAAAGAAGUUCUUGUGUUGGCUGUAUACUGCAGUUCGUGCAGCUUUGGAUACUCAGCCACAGCAUUCAACAUCAAGACGUCAAGACAUCGCAAGCCACCGGGAAUAGGAUACCCCUGACCUCCUUCCGUCAUCAGACGCCAGUAGAGGCUGCAAUAGACAGUUUCGUUACAUGCAAGAUGGCGGAGCAUGAGACGGUCUCGCCAGAAAAUGAAUUGGAAGACGAUCAUACCGCUACUUGCUCGCAGCAGUCGUUUUUUGACGAAGAUGACUUUCAGACAUGCCAAGUUGUGAAAGAUCUUGCUCAGAAAGAAACACAAGCCGUGAACUUGCUUCGUGUGUUGACCCUUGGCCUCUUGGUGGGCACUGGGGUGCUGGUUUCGACAUGCACAUUUUUACACAUUCGACGGCAAGAGAGACAGAACUUUGAGCUCCACUUUGGAUACAGCGCGGCUCAAGUCAUUGAGGGGUUUCAUACGUUUGUUGAGCAUACAAUGAGCGGGACGGCGGGGCUUUCCAACCAGAUUACAAGCUUUGCAUUGGAUACGGGAGCACAGUUUCCAUGUGUGACUCUCCCAAAUUUCGAAAUGAUUGCGUCUGACAUCAAGGCGCAAUCAGGAUCCCACAUGGUGCACUACGCACCUAUUGUCACGGACGAAACUCGGCCAAAAUGGGAAGAAUUUGCCUUGGAAAAUCGAGGCCAAACUCUGGAGGCUCUCGCCAAGGACAAUGAGUACCGAAGUCAGCAGGACGCAGAGUUUGGCUCGGUUGUUCCUGUGAUGAACAGCAGUAGACGAGCACAAGCAGCAAAACUGCCACCAAAACCUGACCAACCCUUGGUGACCGUCUUGUCAGAUGGAUAUCAUCCCCACAUACCUGCGGGAGGAGCUAGCAAAAUCCGAAGAGACCAACCGGAGGGUGCCGGUCCGUUUGCACCGUUGUGGCAGGCCAGCCCUCUUCAUAGUGGGUCCAUGCAUGUGCUGAACAAUGAUCUGGGCACGGCUGGUCUGGUUGUUCCCGGGAUCCUGGACAUUGUCGCCACUCAAAAGAAAGCUGUGAUCAAUUUUGCAGCAUUGGCGCCUGCACCCUACAGACCUGCCAACGAAAUGAUGCUUCGGUCUAGCCAGUAUCGACAUCGGGUGGCAGAUCUCAUUGAUGAUUUGCACACGUGGCUGGUAUACCCAGUGUUUGAUACCUUCGACGAGAAGAGUCGUUCCGUAGUGGGAAUUAUUGUAACCGAUGUGUAUUGGAAGAUACUCCUGUCAAACCUGCUACCUUCCCACAUGAGAGGCAUUGAUUGCGUCGUGAGCAAUUCCUUUGGCCAAGAAUUCACUUAUCGCCUAAACGGCGGCGUUCCAAUACUCUUGGGCAUGGGCGACCAUCAUGACAAAAACUACGAUGAGAUGGCCGUGUCUACAGAUGUUGGUAUUUUCUUGGAAGAGCGAGCUAGUCCUGAGACGAGAGGCUUUGGUGCGGUUCCUCUCAGCAACUCCACAAGCUACAGAAUACGCGUCUAUCCAUCAAGGGAGAAUGAAUCAGCCUACUUGACACACGAGCCUCAUUUGUACACUAUCAUUGCAUCUCUCAUCUUCUCCUUCGCCUCAAUAGUCUUUCUCACAUACUCUUGUGUGGUGGACAGGCGACAAAACGUCAUGACAAGCAAGGUUGUCAAGAAGUCUGAACGGAUGGCAAAACUGGAGCAGAACAUCAAUGAAUUCUUUUCACACGAAAUCAGGAACCCUUUGGCUUCGGCCAUAACUGCAACCUCAUUCCUAGAUGCGGCGCUACAGGAACCGAAUCCAACACCAGAGUCGCAGCGUCUCGCACGGGAAGAUAUUGAAGCUGUGAAGUCCAGCCUCAACUUCAUCAACGAUUUCAUGCGUUCGAUGCUCGACAUCUACCGUGCUGCAGCAGGCCGCAUCACAGUGGAUAAGGCGCCCACAGAUGUCAAGACGGACAUUCUGGAACCAGUGGCAACCAUAAUGCGUCACCGCGGUGUUGACUAUGAUGUCCUGGUCGAAUGCCCUGACAACUUGAUCGUCAUGACUGAUCGUAUCAGGCUGACACAAAUAGUCUUGAAUUUGUCAAGGAACGCCGCAAAGUUUGUGGAGGUUGGGUACAUUAAACUGAGAGCAGGCGUCGACCCACGGACUAGCCAUGUGACGUUGUACUGCGAAGACACUGGUCCGGGUGUCUCCAAAGAGAAGCGCAGCAGACUUUUUUCAAGGUAUCAAGUGAGCUUGGACUCAUUGUCACAAGGGACGGGCAUAGGGCUGAACCUCUCCAAGCAGCUUUGCAAGAUACUAGGUGGGAACCUCUCGUUGGACGAGACAUAUCAUAGCAGUUUCCUUGAGCGACCAGGAGCUCGUUUUGUCAUAGACAUGGAAACGCCGCCAUUGGACGUUGAAGUGGCCUUCCCACUCAGUUCUGAAACUUGCGAAAUGGAGGUCGACGAAGGGGCUCCUUCGAUGACCCUUGGAUGCGAGGAUGAAACAAUCGGACCAGGUCCUCUCUUCAAAGUCGACGCUUCUUCUGACUCAACUCAACCAAGCCAACCGCAGCCACUCUUCAAAACAAACUGUCUCUCAGACUCGAAUCCAGCAUCCCAGCAACUGCGGCCACUCUUCAAAACCAGCUCUGAGCCAGACUCGAAUCCUGCAUCCCAACCACAGCCUCUGUUCAAUCCCAGCUCUGAGCCAGACCCAAAUCAAACAUCCCAAACACAGCCCCUGUUAAAUAUCAAAUCUGAUGGGUCAGUCUCCAAUGCAGCAUCCAAGCCGCAGCCACUCUUCAAAGUCGACUCUGGGUCAGACUCAAACCCAGCAUCUCUUCCAUCUUCCCAAUCACAUCCACUCUUUUUAAAAAAGCCCAGCUCUGAGCUAGACCCAAAUCAAUCAUCCCAACCACAGCAACCGUUCAAGAUCAACUCUGGAGGGUCGGAAUCAAAUGCUACUACCGACAAUAGUAGCAACCAAAAACAGACACCACGCCCUUUGGACGCCCCCAAAGCAAACCAAGAAGAACUCCCCGAAGGACUGUCGAUCCUCUUUGUAGACGACGACCCCAUGAUUCGGAAACUGACAGUAAGGGCACUGAAGAGGGUUGCGCCGGCUAGCUGGACCACCCACGAAGCUUCUAGUGGUGAAAUGGCCCUGGAGAUGUGCCACAACAAUGAUCAGGAAUACAGCAUCAUUUUUCUAGAUCAGUACAUGGCAUCUGUGACCAAAAGCCUGCUCGGCACGGAGACUGCCCAAACCAUGCGCAUCAAAGGGGUCAGAUCCAAGCUCAUUGGCUUGUCUGCUAAUGAGCUUCGUGACAACUUCCUCAUGGCAGGUGCUGACGAAUUCAUAUUAAAGCCGAUGCCUUGCAACCCUUCCAAGCUCAAGCCUUUACUGAACGGAAUCUUGGAUUUGCCCUGUAGUCGAGAAUCUGUCUCUGCAAAAGUCCAAUCUCCCUGAUACAUCAGCCGCCUCAGCCGUGCCUCCUGAUGGACCCCAACGCCAGAAACUGCAAGCCAGGAAAUCACCUGGUCCAUGUCUUGAAGAAUGACAGGAUCAGAGGGAGCACGGUACGGUAGGAGCAUGUGAAUCUUCGAAUCCACAGGGUCAUGCUCUUCUCUAUGAGGGCAAACACAUGAGCCUAAGCAGUCCUUCCAUUUCCAGCUAUUUGUUUUCCUCUACCAGUAGUGGCAACAAUGAAACAGCCAGUGUCGCACCAUUCUAACUUGGACUCCUUCAUUGUGGUUACCUAGUGGAAUAGACCAGAUUGAUGUACACAUCCUGCUGGAGGCAGAUGGGGUUCACAUCUGCAGAGGCAUCCAUUAUGAAACUGACAAAGCCAGUUGCCACCCAAGUAUUGAAUGUGGCCUGUGUCACAACAAAAUCAGUCUGGUCAUUGGUACUCGAGCAUUCCCCCCCCACCAUUGUUUUGACCCAAGUUGUUUCCAUCUUGGUCAAUUACAUCAUAGAACUCAUUGCUUGAGCCCAGAUCACCCCGGACAAAAGUUUGAACAGUCACAUCACUAGUGGCAGGCAACAGAGAAUCAAAACAAAGAUAAAGUUGUUCCUAUUCAAGGAUACAGAGAAAGUUAGUGUUGGAAACAGACCCCCAGCAAUGUAGGUGUUCACAUGUAGCUCACUUACCCCAUCUGUUGUAAUUGGGCACACAUUUGAAGUUGUAGUUGUUGAACAAGACUUGGUAGGAGCCUGGCUGGGAGUCACACUUGGUGUCAAGCUUGGACAUAUACUCUGGCUUGGUGGAAAGCUUUGGCUUGGUGGAAAGCUUAAGCUGGGUGCUGUACUGGGUGCUGGAUAUGAAUAGACCAGAUUGAUGUACAC